GGGGCCGGGCCCCGCGGGAGGGCGCGCAGGGGCCGCGCCGCCAAGGGGGAGCUGCCGGCUGCGGGCGGCUGCUCCGUGCCGCUUUCCCUCCCUCCUUCCCUCCCUCCUUCCUUUCCUCCUCCUCCUCCUCUCUGCGCUUUCUACCUCCCCUGCUCCUGAGUGAGCGCGGCCUCGGAUGUCCGGUUUCCUGGUGGGUUUUUCACCUGGCAAACUCCGGAUAACUUCGGUGAGAAUUCGCAAAGCGGCCGGGAAAGUUGGGAACUCCCCUGCAGGCGCCUAGGAGCUGCUGCUGCUGCUACCGCAUCUUCUCCAUCCCGCGGAUUUUACUGCCUUGGAUAUUGCGAGGGGAGGGAGGGAGGGGGACAGGACAGCGAAAGCCAGGGUGGGGAGAGAGAGGACGAGAAGGAGCCCCGCAGCUCUGCCCGCAUUCCUCCGCUCGCCCCGCGGCCCCCCGCCGUGCCAUCUUAUCACAAUGCACUUGCUGGAGGUGCUCUCCCUCGGCUGCUGCCUCGCUGCCGGCGCCCUGCUCCUGGGACCCCGGCAGCCGGCCGCCGCCGCCGCCUACGAGUCCGGCCAGGGCUACUACGAGGAGGAGCCCGACGCCGGGGAGCCGAAGGCUCAUGCAACCAAAGACCUGGAAGAACAGUUGCGAUCUGUGUCCAGUGUGGAUGAACUCAUGACAGUACUUUACCCCGAAUACUGGAAAAUGUUCAAAUGUCAGUUGAGGAAAGGAGGCUGGCAACACAACAGGGAACACUCUAGCUUUGACACAAGAUCAGAUGAUUCACUGAAAUUUGCUGCAGCACACUAUAACGCAGAGAUCCUGAAAAGUAUCGAUACUGAAUGGAGAAAAACUCAGUGCAUGCCACGUGAAGUGUGCGUAGAUGUGGGAAAAGAGUUUGGAGCAACUACAAACACCUUCUUUAAGCCCCCAUGUGUAUCCAUCUACAGAUGUGGAGGUUGCUGCAAUAGUGAAGGACUCCAGUGCAUGAAUAUCAGCACAAAUUACAUCAGCAAGACAUUGUUUGAAAUUACAGUGCCUCUUUCUCAUGGCCCCAAACCUGUAACCGUCAGUUUUGCCAAUCACACGUCCUGCCGAUGCAUGUCUAAGUUGGAUGUUUACAGACAAGUUCAUUCUAUCAUAAGACGUUCCUUGCCAGCAACACAAACCCAGUGUCAUGUGGCAAACAAGACCUGUCCAAAAAAUCAUAUCUGGAAUAAUCAAAUUUGCAGAUGUUUGGCACAGCAUGAUUUUGGUUUCUCUUCUCACCUUGGCGAUUCUGACACAUCUGAUGGAUUCCAUAUUUGUGGACCAAACAAAGAGCUGGAUGAAGAAACCUGUCAAUGUGUCUGCAAAGGAGGCAUGCGGCCCUCAAGCUGUGGACCUCACAAAGAAUUAGACAGAGCAUCGUGUCAGUGCAUGUGCAAAAACAAACUUCUCCCUGCUUCCUGUGGACCCAACAAAGAAUUUGAUGAAGAUAAGUGCCAGUGUGUAUGUAAAAAGACCUGUCCCAAACAUCAGCCACUAAAUCCUGCAAAAUGCAUCUGUGAAUGUAUAGAAUCUCCCAAUAAAUGCUUCUUAAAAGGAAAAAGAUUCCAUCAUCAGACAUGCAGUUGUUACAGACCGCCAUGUACAGUUCGAACGAAACGCUGUGAUGCUGGAUUUUAUUUUAGUGAAGAAGUAUGCCGCUGUGUACCCACAUAUUGGAAAAGACCACUUAUGAAUUAGUGAAGAGAGCACUACUUGCUAUUUUGGUGUACGUUUUUCCACUAGAACAAAAGAACGACAGAAACUUUGCAAAUAUUUGGAAUUAAAUGUUCACCAGAGACCCUGUGGGGCUUUCAGAGACAGAUACAUUGUGCUUUUCUGAAGAUGUGGAAAGCAAAUGUAGAAAAUAACUGGGGUUCAAGUUUUGUAAAGAACUCAAUAAGGACUUAUUUUCUGCCAAUGACCAAACAGCCUAGGUUCUCCUUCUUGUGAUUUUUUUAAAGAGAUAAUGACUAUAUAAUUUAUUUCCACUAAAACCAUUGUGCAGCAUUUCUGUUUAUAGCAGUAACAAUUGUUAAAGCUCACUGUGAUCAAUAUUUUUAUAUCAUGCAAAGUAUGUUUAAAAUAAAAUGGAAAUUGUAUUAUAUAAUGCUGAGAACGUUUGAUCAUCUACCUAUAGAAAGGAACUACAAUUCAGCUAUGUUACUGAAGUCCUAAAAAUGAGGAGAAAUAUGUUAAGAGAAAGUACUUUUAAGAGAAGAUGACUACAGGCAUUUUCUUGAAUCUGUUGUAUAUGUCAUUUGAAAUAUAAGGAGUUAUACUUAGUGUUUCAUAAUCCAGUGAUAUACUUGUCCUCAGAAGGAAACUAGCAAAGCAAAUAUAGUUAAUAACUAGUGAAAACACUGGAGAUCCUGUACCUUGCGCAAGGAUAAGGACAGCAGCGACUGUUCACAUUCCACUAUGUACACCCUUUAUUUCAUUUCUUGUUAGCAUUCCUAAAGAAUAAUAUAAAACAAUGAUCUGUUAAAGGUUAUUAGUAUGAAAGUAGAAACACCAACUAUGCUUUUUAUAUAACGUUACAGGCUGUAUACUACUAAAUAAUUCAGAAUGCUUUGAUGCACUUUAAGCCUUUCAUAUAGUCAGUUAUCUUGGUCAAAAAUCUGCGUGUGCAAAAAUACUUUGAAGGGAAAUAGUACAUUUUACAUGCCACUGGGAACAUGAGAGGACUUCCAUGAGUCCAGUAUGAAUUGACAUCUACUCUACAUAAAAAAAAUAGUCAGAACUACUCUGAGUUAAAGAGAAUGCAAAAUCAAACAUCUUCAACUCUAAAGAUAAAAACUUCUGUAAAAGAAUGCAGGACAACCUUCUGACUGAGUGACAAAAUGCCAAAAUCAAAUAAACCAGCUUUGCCUGGUAUGCACUAGAUUCACAGAACCAAGACAUGGUUGAGGUUGGAAGGGACUUCUGGAGGACAUCUGGUCCAACCCUCCUGCCGAGGCAGGGCCACCCACAGCAGGGUGCCCAGGACCGUGUCCUGGCAACUUUCGAAGAUCUCCAAGGAGGAGACUCCACAGCAUCUCUAGGCAGCCUGUGCCAGUGCUCUGUCACCCACAACGUAAAGGAGUGCUUCCUGGAAUUCAGACAGAACCUUCUGUUUCCAUUUCUGCCUAUUGCCUCUUGUCCUGUCACUGUACAUCACUGAGCAGAAAACAUUUUCAUAAGCAAAUGAAAUUAUUCAUCUGGAUCCUUCCAUCUAUUGAGACACACCAAGUAUGAGAGGAACAUCAAAUAUGACCUUAAUGUACUUUAAAAAUUCAUACUGCAUAUAAAUAUUUUUUCUUUAGUUAGAUUUCUGAUUACUCUGGGUUUGCUUUUUAAUCUGACAGAUAUUAUGUAUUUUUAAUAGAGAUCUAAUCUCCCUCUCAUGUCAAAAUAAAACAGAAAAAAACAAUGUUAAACAUAUUCUCUAGAGAUGCUUAAUUGCAAAUAAGACAGAGAACACUGCAAGAUUUUCUUAUUACUCAGUAAAAUCAUGGUUCCAGUGCUAUUCAUGUAUCUCAUAAAUUGUCAGCAAAUAAAAAUAAAUUUUAAAAAAUGACAUAUACAUUGAAAACAAAAGAGAAGUGGCUUUUCGCUCGAACUAGCUUUUUCAGACUGGCAUUAGGCUGAUCUGUUUUCUAAUUAGUCCAUAAACAGUAGACUGAUUCCUAUGACAAGACACAUUUCUGAAGACCUAUCUUCUUAUUUCACUCCAGACUUUGAUGGGAAUGAGAAAUGCUUGAAGUGUUGUACAACCAGGUCUCACUAUGUGUCAUAUAUUCUUCAUAUAUUAUAUAAAGCACAUAUAUAGCCUGAUUCCCCUUCAUUAGCAAUUCAGCCUCUGGCCAACUUUUUUGAUCCAUUUUGAUUCUUUUUCCUCAACUACUUUCUGUAUUAAUUAGGGUUUUGCAUCCUUCCAAAUGGAAUUUCAAAAAGCCACGUCUAUACACACCUUACUAAGUUGUAAAGUUCAUCAUUUGUUACAAAAUCUUGCAGAAGAAGUUUACCUUCAAUGUCUAUUUAACCUGAACUGCUGGCUAGUUUACUACACAAUCUCAGAUGGCUGCAGGAAGCUACCCACAUCCAAAAUGCUCAGUUCUUAAUUGGUCCCGUUUCUUAAUUGGUCCAAUUCUUGAGGAAUGGGGAACAGUUGUCUUUGAAAGACAGCAGAAAAGACAGUGAGAAAAAUAAUGCAUAAUGAUACCAGAAUAGUAAUAAAAUCAUCUUUCUCUUCCCACAAGAAGGCCUUUUUUUUUUUUUAACCUUCCUUCUGCUUUCUGUUGAAAUCACUGAAUUCAGUGACUCUACACACAGAAGUAGAUCUCAGAUUCUGACAUGCUAUGAAUGGGAAAUGCUUCAUAGGCAGAAGGAACCAACAUCCAAGUCAAACAAACAGAUACUUAAGUCUCUCUUGAUCAGUGACUUAAAAAUGGCAUCAUUCUGAGAGCUCUUCAAGAUGUAAUUCCUAUAUUUCAUGUCCUUACUUACUCUGUAAACAUAAUAAAACGAACAUGAAUAUUCCUUUUUAAGUGUACAGUAAAACUGGUUUUCUACUGUCUUGGCUAAUACCUGAUCAACUCCUACAGAUAUACACUUAGAUAGCCAAGGAUGAUAUAAUACAUGUUUAUAAAUAUAGACAUACAAAAUUGACAUAUUUAUAAAUGUAUACAUAUAAACAAAGUGUAUAUACAUCUAUUUGUAUAUGUAAGCAUAUACAGAUAAACAGGGUCAAAAAAUAUGAGAUCUAAGUUUUGAAAUUAAGGGAAAACUGGGGAAAAACUAUUGUUUUGAGCUGCUUCUUAUUGUAUUAGGCAAUAUAUGACUAUGGAUAGG